AUGCGCAACGGACGCGGGGGACCAGCAGCGGGAACGAAGGGAAGAAAGAACAAGAAAAGACGCUAUGCGCGAUGCGACGUCAGCCGUGCCUCGGCGCAGCGCGCUGGCGAGGAGCGGGGGACAACGGCACACGCGCGCGACACGGACAUCGCGGCCAUGCAUUUUCUGCGAACCAGAAAAACAACUCAUUACGAAAAACAGGAUUCCAACCGACCGACCGACCGACCAGGUACCGCAAAGCCGAACUGA